CUCGGCUGCCAAGAUGGAGGGGGAGGCCCUGGACGCGAGCAACCCUCUAUCAGCCGAAGGCGACAGCCUGGUCUUGGACGUGGACCUGUACGACACGGACACCUACGACGUCCCAGACCCCGGGCUGCUCUCAGAAGAGGACGAGCUGUACUUCACCGAGCCGGAGCGCAACCUGCAGUUUUUUGCCAGCAACCAGAGGUGGCAAAACCUGACCUUGCGCGCCCGCGCCCGCCAGCUGUGGCUGCUUCUACGCACGGGCCUUCGCGACAUCGUGGAGAAGGAAAAGAGGGCCGAGCUGCGCGUGGCGCGCCUGACGCACGGCUUGGAGCCCCUGCGCUGCCUGGAGGUCGCAGCCGGGCCGCGCUCCGUGGCGCUGGACCCCGUGGGAGGACGCUUGGUGGUGCUGGACGGCGAGUGCCGCCUGCACCUGCACAGAAAAGACGGCUGGGCGCAGGGCAAGCUGCUGGCCCCCGUGGCUCUUACGGGGCUGGUGGCCGUGCUGGGCCCUCUGGGUGCGGUGGGCCGCUUUGUAGGCUGGGGUCCCCAGGGGCUGGCCAUCCUACGGCCUGACCUCAGUCUGCUAUGGCUGAGCAAGCCUGGGGCAGACAGACCGCCGAGCGACGAGACCACUUGCUGCCUGCCGGUGCCCGACCUGGGGCUACUGCUGGUGGCCCAGGCGAGCGGCGGCCUGGCGCUUUGGAAGUUCCGCUCAGGCGGUCGCCGCCUGGUGCCGCGAGGGUCACCCCUGCAGCCACCGGCCGGCCUGGAGGGGCCGCUCCAGCGCCUAGCUCUGUGGCCUGCGCCACCCCACUGCGUCCCGCGCUGUGUGGCCGCCUACGGCUCUGCUGCUCUCACCUUGGACCUUCAGGAGUGGGCGCUAGUGGACGUGCGCCGGGAUCUGCACAAAACCACCAUCUCAGACCUGGCGUAUUGCGAGGAUGCGGAGGUCAUGGUGACGGCCUCGCGGGACACCACAGUGAAGGUGUGGGAAGCCGACUGGCAGAUCCGGAUGGUGUUCGUGGGCCACACAGGCCCAGUGACUGCUAUGACCGUGCUCCCGAACACAACGCUGGUAGUGUCCGCCUCGCAGGACGGCACGCUGCGCACGUGGGACCUGCAGGCGGCGGCGCAAGUGGGCGAAGUGUCUCUGUGCUACUGGUGUCAGGAUGCGCUGUCCGCGCGCGUGAACCGCCUGCUGGCCCCGGCUGGCCCCGGCUGGCCCGUGCUGUCGCUGUGCGCCACCGGCGUGGGGCUGUGGUGCCUGCGAGAGCUCCACUCACCGCUGGCACAGCUGCCCGCACCUGUGCUGCACCUGCAGGUGGCGCCCCCGCUGCCCGCGCCUGAAUACCCGUCGCUGCCCGCGCGCCUUGUGUGUGCGUGCGCGGACGGCUCGGUCUACCUGGUGUCGGCAGUGACCGGGCGCUUAGUGAGCGCACUGCUGCUGGAGCCCGAGGACCUGGCGGCCAGCGUGGCCUACUGCCUGCCCCGCGAGGCACUGUGGCUGCUGACGCGCGCCGGGCACCUGGUGCUCGCCAACGCCGCGCGCUGCCCCAUGCGCGUGCUGUACCGCUCGCGCCCGCCGCCGCCCCCGGCGCCGCAGCCCUGCUGCCUGCACCUUUACAGCCACCUCACGGACCCCAGAGCCGCGUUCGCCUCCUGGGAGGCCGUGCGCGAGCGCGGGGGCGAGCCGCGCCACAGCGCCGCGUCCUGGGCCUGGAAGAACAAGAACCGGUACCUGCUGGUGGUCGGGUACUCGGACGGCUCGCUGUCGGUCCUCGAAGGGCCCACGUCCAAGGCCGUCUUCCACACGGAGGCACACAGCCCGGGCCCGGUCACAGCCAUCGCAUCCACCUGCAGCAGCAUUGUGACUUCCGGCGGAGACCUGACGGUGAAGAUGUGGCGCGUCUUCCCCUACGCCGAAGAGAGCCUGAGCCUGCUGCGGACUUUCUCCUGUUGCCACCCCGGCGCCUGGCUCUGCGCGCUGGGCAGACGCGUCACCGUGGGCUUCGAGGCCCCGGAGAGCGCCACCUACGGCCUGGUGCAGUUCGGCCUGGGCAGUGAGCGGCGCUGCGACCACCGGCCCCAGGAUGACCCCCUGGACCACAUCACGGGCCUGUGCUGCUGCCCCACACUCAAGCUCUACGCCUGCUCCAGCCUGGACUGCACCGUCCGCAUCUGGACCGCCGACAACCGCCUGCUGCGGCUCCUGCAGCUGGGCGGUGCCCCGCAGGCCCUGGCCUUUUGCAACAACAGUGGAGACCUGGUGCUGGCACUGGGCUCCCACCUCUGCCUGGUGUCCCACAAGCUGUACCUGCCCACGUCCUACCUGGUUAAGAAGCUGUGCAUGAAGGAACCUGACGUGGUGGACGACCCCCCGCUGCCACUGACCAGCAAGGAGCCACUGACUUCCGUCCAGCUGCAAAGGCUCGCUACCCUGCACGGGGUGGCCAGCCUCAGUGUGGCCUUGACCUUCAUCCGUCACCAGUCAUCAGUGCCCCAGGAGCCGGUGUUGAAGGAGGACUUGGAGCCCCUCGUGGCCCGGGACAGAGACCUAAAGCAGCUGAGGCUGGGGCUGGUGGUCCCUGAAGCCCCGCCCCCACUUUCCAGGCAGCAGCGCCAGGACGCCUUUGACCGUUACCUCCGUUUGAUCCACAGCCCCGGCCUGCUGGACUUCCAGUCUGCAAGGGCAUCCCAGGAGUGGGCCACUGCGGCCUUCGGCCUGGAGAGAGAGGCCGGGGACACUGUGUCGCCCAGCGCCAGUGUCCAGACAGCGCCAACAGCUCUGCCCCCACAGGCCCUGGAAGCCCGGGCCCGGCGCUUCGCCCGCCCUCCCCGAGUCGCCCUGCCCCUGCUACCCACCCAGCACAAGGUGCACAGCAAGGUGUCCCAGCUUCUAGUCCGCUCCUCCCUGAGCUACGAGCUGGGCCUCGGGCUGGACAUGCUGCUGGAGUCAGAGCAGGUCCGGCGGGAGAUGACCGUGGGCCCCGACUCACUGUCCUACCUGCAGCACAGGAUCCCACUGCUGCUGAGGCGACGGCCCAGGGAGCCCCUGUCCAAGCUCAGGGGCUUCUUUCCUGCCACCCCACACCCCCACAAGGGCUGCCCGCUGCCCAUCAGCUUCCCAGGUUUUGUGCCCAACUCCAUGCUGCUGCAGCAGAUGUGGCUGCCUGCCGAGGUCAGCUGCCUGGGAUCCCUGGCCCAGCUCGCCUCCCGGUUCCGGAGACGCAAGCCAGGUGGGAGCCGCGGCGACGACCUGUGGCUGCAUCACCCCCGGCGGUCCAACGCCAGGUGGAAGAGGCGGUGGCUGCAGUGGCUGCGCGGGAAGGCCAGGGCCAAGGAGGAGGAGGAGGAGGAGAAGAAGGUGGUGAUUUUUCUGGAGGAGGAUGAGGAAGAGAAACCGGAGGAGGAGGAAGAAGGGGAGGAGGAGGAGGAGGAGGAGGAGGAGGAGGAGGAGGAGGAGGAGGACUUGAGAGUGGUGUGCUCCUCGGCGACCCUGAGCCCACAGAGGCUGCACUCUGAGCAGCGGCUGGAGUCCUUGGAGCCCAAGCUUUCGAGCACCGCAGAGCUGACCCCGGAAGCCCUGAGCUCCCAGCAGACCACCAGGACCAAGACGGGCGCCUACCCUCAGUCCCAGUACCCCCGCACCCGCACACUGUGGGAGGAGCGCUACGGGCACCUGCCCAAGUUUCUGCACUUCUUCGUCAGCCAGAACUGGUUCAAAAAGCUGUUCCCCGUCAUCACCCUAGAGGCAUAUCCAGAGAUGGGCACUGUGGAGGGACUGGCCUCGGUGCUGCUGGACAUGCUGCCCACGUCCUCCUGGGCAGACCGCGUGCACAUGCUGCACGCUCUGCUGAUGCUGCUGCCGGACCUGGGCCACGGCCUCCGCAGCCAGCUGCGGGACCUCCUCCUGCAUCUGCUUAACUUGGACCAGCCCCCCAGCUUCCAGGACCCCACUCAGAAGCAGUUUGUGAUGCUGGCGCUGCAGCUGCUGCUGGCCUGCUUCCUGGAGUCGAACGACGCGGUGCUGGAGCUCAUGUCCUACUUCCUCUACUCGCCAGACCCCUGCCGGCCAGAACUCAAGAAGCUGAUGGACAGGCUGGGCCUGCAAGACCCGCAGGGCUUCCUGUUCAAGGAGAUGCUGACCUGGGUCCAGGGUGCCCAGCUCAGCUCCAAGUCCACGCUGCGCACACUGUGCUGUCAGAAGCUGGAGGGCAUGAUCCAGCAGCUGCAGACAAGAAUCACGAAGGCGCAGGCGGCCAGGCCAGAGCCCUCAGCGCCCCCCACUCCUCCCAAGGAGGCCCCCUUGAAGGCUGCGCCGCCGGUGUCCCCCGUGCCCUGGCGGCACCUCCUGGAGCCGCCCUUGCCGGCGGGUGCGGGUGCGGGUGCGGAGCUGCAGGCCCAGCCGGUGCGCAGCCGGUGGACCAAGCGCGCGCUCUCCGAGACGCUGCAGAACUUCUGCGGGACGCCCAGGCCCAGCUGGCGCUCGCCCGCGUCCCCGGCGCUGCCGGAGAGGCCGCAGCUGCCCCACGGGCAGAUGCUGGACCUCGGCUGCAUCGACGCGCUCAACUACUUCUGCGAGCAGCAGCGGGCGCAGCAGCUCAUCCUGCUCUGGGAGGAGGCGCAGCGCCUGCGCUCGCCCGAGCCCAACACCGUGGUGCGGCCGCCGCACGACCGCAGGCGCUGCCCCAUCCUCCGGCUCCAGGAGGCCGAGGUCCACAGCUCCGAGGAGCGGCCGAGGGGCCGGAUGCCCGCCGCGCUCCGCACCGGCCGCACCCGCCCCCUCGACGGCUCCAUCCGGGCUCUGAAGCUGCCGCUGCCGCGGGUGGAGGAGCCCAGCUCCUGGGGCCGGCACCGGCUGGCUCCGAGCUGGAGUCGGGAGUGCACCGGUCGUCCUAACCGCGAGACUAAAUCCCGCUCCUCCCCAGACUUCCUGAAGUACCCUUGCAGAGCCUCGUGUUCCACUUCUAGAACAUUCUCGAAACAACAGUGUGCAGAGCGACAGAGCGAGGAGGAGCAGGGACAGAGCUUUCCCACCCACUGGUUCACUUGGGCCAUCACUGCUGCCUGCCAGGAUGUGCGUUGUCAGGACGCUGCGUAGCUGGGACCUGAACCCCUGCUCUCCCAACAUGGGACACAGGCGUCCCAAGCAGCGACUUAACUGCUGAGCCAAUGGCCACACACCAGAGGCUGCGAUCUGCCCAUCUGUCUUGGGACUGUGGGGGGUGCCCGUCCUGGUGACCACGUGGUGGUACUAUAUAUAGGCCUCCCAUGGCAUCAAAGCAAGCAUGGGCCUGUGGGAGCCAGUGGGCCUGACCUGCACAUCUUGGGCGCAAACAAAAGUGCCCACCAGAGGGCGCCAUUUGCCCAGAUUGUCCGCCUGGCGCCCCCUUUUCCUCCCUUUCGGUGGGACACAAGGUCAGGUCUGGAUGAGACCAUAAAGUGCCCGCCCAAGGGGCCACCCUGGGCAAGUGCCAGUUCUGGGAGUUUGUGGGGCUCUCCUGGGCAUUUGUGCCCUUGAUGUAAAAGAAUUAAAUAAUUACAUCCGCCUGUUAAAGGGGUUUAUGCAACGUGCAAUCCAUGAGGCAGGACAGGCCCUUGGCCUAGUGGUGAAGGUGCCUGCGUCGCGUGUGGGAGUGUCUGGGCUGGAGUCCCAGCCCUGCUCCCGACUCCAGCUUCCUGCUGUGUGAACCCUGGGAGGCGCUGGUGACGGCUCAAGCACCUGGAUCCCUGACACCCAGGUGGGAGACCUGGGUGGAGUUCCCAGCCCUGGCUGUUGUGGGCAUGUGGGGACUGAACUGGAGUGUAGGAGUUUAUCUGCUUCUUCAUCUCUGUGCUCUGAUACCCAUCCAUCCGUCCAAGAAACAAGUGGUCAAAAUGGGGGCCGGCGCCGCGGCUCACUAGGCUAAUCCUCCGCCUAGCGGCGCCGGCACACCGGGUUCUAGUCCCGGUCGGGGCGCCGGAUUCUGUCCCGGUUGCCCCUCUUCCAGGCCAGCUCUCUGCUGUGGCCAGGGAGUGCAGUGGAGGAUGGCCCAAAUGCUUGGGCCCUGCACCCCAUGGGAGACCAGGAAAAGCACCUGGCUCCUGGCUCCUGCCAUCGGAUCAGCGCGGUGCGCCGGCCGCAUUGCGCCGGCCGCGGCGGCCAUUGGAGGGUGAACCAACAGCAAAGGAAGACCUUU